AAAAUGGGAGAAAAUAAGCUUUUCGAAGCUUCGAAUCAAUUGAACCAAUUGAUUCGCAAAUUGAUUCAGUUUUUCGAAGCGUUCGAAACACCAUACACGCUGGCGACACCUGCUGGUCAAAAUAGUGUAAAAGCAGCCAGAUCUGUCCAAACAUUUCACACUUUUUACAAAAUAAUAGCAAGAUUGUUCUAAAAAUAUGUUUUUAAGAAAAAUAAAUGAUUUAAUUUAAUUAAGACAUAAUUAAAAGUGUAUUCUGUGAUUUUAGUUUUAUUUAUGGCAAACAAAUCUUAAGACGAACUCCCUUUUUAAUUAUGCACAUUUUUGUCAUUAAAAUCUGUCUAUAAACAAAAAGUAGACAAAAUGGUAGUGUUAUUAGUCAGAAGGAUGAAUGUUUUAUGAACGUUUAUAAUAAAACUGACCCGAGUUCAACUACACUUUGUGAUCAACUCCUCCUAGUGGUGAAUCGUCGGAUUUUCGAAAUGUUUACGAACAGUUAUGACGUAAUGAAGCCUCGUUUGCAAAAAUCACGUGACUUUGGCCAGUUUGAAACUUUUUUUGGCCAGUUUGAAACAAGCUCCGAACCAAUGAUUCCACACAAAAGAUUCGAAAGUGUGAAGCGUCCUUCGAAAUAGCCCAUCACUACUUUGAAGUAGUGUUUUUUUUUUUUUUUUACUUUGAAGUAGUUACGCAAGAGACGUGAUGCCGUCAUGACGUCGGUUACGUGGCUUGACGGCGGCACGCGGGAAAGUUAAGCGAGAGCUGCAGGCAGCUAAGCGGCAAUAGAUUAUGGCUAUGAGAAAUGCAACCCGGGUGGAGGUGGAGACUGAGGUUGAGGAGGAGGAAAGCUUUGGACCACAGCCUGUCGCCCGUCUGGAGCAAUCUGGCAUAAGUAGCAGUGAUAUCAAGAAGCUGGAGGAUGCUGGCUUUCACACUGUUGAGGCCGUGGUGUACGCACCAAAGAAAGAACUGCUGAACAUCAAGGGAAUCAGUGAAGCCAAAGCUGACAAGAUCCUGGCAGAGGCCGCUAAAAUGGUUCCAAUGGGAUUCACAACAGCCACAGAGUUCCACCAACGUAGAGCUGAAAUUAUUCAGAUAUCUACUGGAUCAAAGGAACUGGAUAAGCUCCUACAGGGUGGAAUUGAAACAGGAUCAAUCACAGAGAUGUUCGGAGAGUUUCGUACAGGAAAGACGCAGUUGUGCCACACGUUGGCCGUCACCUGUCAGUUGCCUAUCGAUCAGGGUGGUGGGGAGGGAAAAGCCAUGUACAUCGACACAGAGGGAACGUUUCGUCCGGAGAGACUCCUGGCUGUGGCUGAGAGGUAUGGGUUGGUGGGCAGUGAUGUGCUGGAUAAUGUGGCGUAUGCUAGAGCCUUCAACACGGACCAUCAAACACAGCUGCUGUAUCAGGCAUCUGCCAUGAUGACUGAAUCCAGAUAUGCUUUGCUGAUAGUCGACAGUGCCACAGCACUUUACAGAACAGAUUACUCUGGGCGAGGAGAGCUGUCUGCCCGCCAGGGGCAUCUGGGGCGAUUUCUUCGCAUGCUGCUCCGUCUUGCUGAUGAGUUUGGUGUGGCUGUCGUCAUCACUAACCAGGUGGUAGCACAGGUGGAUGGAGCGGCUAUGUUUUCUGCCGAUCCGAAGAAGCCGAUUGGUGGAAACAUUUUGGCACAUGCUUCGACUACUAGAUUAUAUCUGCGAAAGGGUCGAGGAGAGACGAGGAUCUGUAAGAUUUAUGACUCUCCGUGUUUGCCAGAGGCUGAAGCCAUGUUCGCCAUCAACCCAGAUGGAGUAGGUGAUGCCAAAGACUGAGAAAUGAUGCCUUUAUUACUAAAGGUUUUGUUGAUCAGAAAACCUUUAUUGCUAUGUGGAAGCUGGAGAAGGGACUGAAAUGAUAUGUUUAUGUAAAUGUGACCUAAUGGUUUUGAAUAGAGAAUGAAACUGAAACACUGUACAGAGGAGAGGCUUUUGUAAGAUACUGCUGUAAUAUCAAACGCAUUGUGACGGACUCUUCAUUUACAUCUAUGUCCGAUCGGAGUUGAAUUAUUUGAGCUAGUGUCAUUUUGUGUAGUCAUUUGCUCUGCUGUGGUGUCAAACCUGUUUUUUUGUGUGUUAUUUACAUGUUUUUGUUGUAUUUGUUUGAGCUGAUGUACAUAAACUACACAGAAUUAAAGCGUUUUUAUUGUUAAACUUUACUAAAAACAUUUAACUUAUAUCUUUAGUUAAGAGCAGU